AUGCCGAUCGAGAAGUACGACGGGUCUUCCGACCCCGAGGAACACUUGAACGUUUUCUUGACUCAAGCAACCCUCUCCACUCAAGACGACUCGGCUUUGUGUCGAAUAUUCCCCACGUCGCUAAAAGGAAGGGCUUUGAGUUGGUUCACGAGACUGCUGAGCGCCUCCAUAGACUCGUUCAGCGAAUUGUCGUCCCAGUUCACCCUACAAUUCGCAACGAGUAAGCCGUACAGGACGACCUCGUUAGCCUUAGCGGGGGUCCGUCAGGAAAAGAAGGAAAGCCUGAGAGGUUUCAAGGACCGAUUCAACAAGAUUGCAAUGGAGAUUGGCGAUCUUAAUCCUGCCGUGGCAUUGGACCGGCUGAGCACUACCCUCAGGCAGGGGCCAUUCGUGAACAGUUUGUGCAAGAAGGCACCCGUUGAUAUGAACGACCUCCGGCGACGAGCCAAGAAGUACAUGCAAAUGGAGGAAUUGGCGGAGACCCGAAACCAGGCCAGGGCCGAGGAGAGCUACGGCCGAAAAGAAUCUGGCCGAGAGCCGAUGAAAAAGACCCAUGCUGAACAAGUUAAUACUCGCGCCCCAAGAGGACCACAUUACACUGCCUACACUCCCCUAAAUGCGAGUAGGGCCAAGGUGAUGGAGCAGGCCCUCGCUUCAGAAAUCCUCGUGAUGCCGAAAAGGGAGAACACUCCCCUGAGAGCUGACAAAGCGAAGACAUGUCGGUUCCAUCGAAACAGAGGACACUCGACUGAAGAAUGCUCAGCAUUGAAAGACAAACUUGAAGACCUCAUCAAGCAAGGUCACCUAAAAAACUUUAUCACCCUCCACGACCAGUCCGAAGAGACCACUCUCAUGAAACCCACCAGCCGAGAGACCGAUGUCGCCGAUCCCGAUCCGCCGAGAGGCAGGAUCAUACGCGGCAUUAUAGGGAGGAUAACGAACGACCAAGGAAAAUAA